AUGACUGACCCCGAGCCGCUGUCAGUCGCUGCCCUCAGCGUCGCCGAUACCGAAUCCGUAUCAAAGGCCACCGAGCAGGAAAUCAAUCCUUGGGACGUACAAGCAGCGGUCGACGAGCACGGCAACGUCAAGCAAUUCGACUACGCAGCCAUCUCGCAGAAAUGGAACACCAAGCUCAUCGACCAGGCGGUCCUGGAGCGAUUCGAGCGCGUCACAGGCCACAAGCCGCAUCGCUGGUUGCGACGAGGGCUCUUCUUCUCGCACCGCGACCUUGACCUCAUCCUAGACGACUACGAGCGCGGCGAAGACUUCCUCCUCUACACGGGCCGCGGCCCCAGCAGCGACUCGAUGCACAUCGGGCACACGAUCCCCUUCGAAUUCACCAAAUGGCUACAAGACGUCUUCGACGUACCCCUCGUCAUCAUGCUCACAGACGACGAGAAGUUCCUCUUCAAAGAGAAGCUCAAGCAAGAAGAAGUCUACAAGUUCGCACGGGACAACGCAAAAGACAUCAUCUCGAUUGGCUUCGACGUCAAAAAGACCUUCAUCUACAUCGACUCCGAGUUCUUCACAUCAGGCUACAACCGCCACUUCAGCCUCAACACGACGGAAUUCGAAAAGCUCAUCACCAACAACCAAGUGCGCGGCGCCUUCGGCUUCAAAGGCGAAACCAACAUCGGCUCCAACGCCUUCGCCGCCAAACAAUGCGUCGCCGCCUUCGCCUCCUCCUACCCCUUCAUCUGGUCCGCCCCGCACACCACCUACACGCGGUCGCGCGCCCUCGCCUCCACCCGCUGCCUCAUCCCCUGCGCCAUCGACCAAGACCCCUACUUCCGCCUCGUCCGCGACAACUGCGCCCGCAUGUCGCUGCCGUCCCCCAAGCCCGCGCUCCUGCACUCGAAGUUCCUGACCGCGCUCCAGGGCGCCGGCGGCAAGAUGAGCGCGUCGGACCCCAACUCCGCCAUCUUCAUGUCCGACACCGCGAGCCAGGUGAAGAACAAGAUCAACAAGCAUGCGUUCUCCGGCGGGCAGGAGACACUCGAGUUGCACCGCGAACUCGGCGGCGACCCGGACAUCGACGUCCCGUACCAGUACCUGUCGUACUUCGAGGACGACGACGAGAAGCUCGCGGGCUGGGCCGCCGCGUACAGGAAGGGCGAGAUGCUGACGGGCGAGAUGAAGAAGGAGUGCGUGACGAUGAUGACGGCGUACGUCAAGAAGUUCCAGGACGGGAGGGCCAAGGUCACGGACGAGGUGCUGGAGGAGUUUAUGAGGCCGAGGCCACUGGAGUGGAGGGGGAACCCGAAGGUCGAGCGGAAGGUGAAGAACGUCGUGGAGGAGGAGGCGGCGGGGAAGAAGGCUGAUGGUGCUGCCGCGGGUGCUGCGGGCGAGGCCGUGGGGGAAGACGGCAAGCCGCUCACGAAGAACCAGUUGAAGAAACUGCUCAAGCAGCAGGAGAUCGAGAAGAAGAAGGCGGAGAAGGCUGCCGCUGCCGCCGCUGCGGCAGCAUAG